AUGGGGCCCCCGGGCAAUAGGGGAUCAUGGGGCCCCUGUGUCCUUGCCCAAACUCAAAAAAAGCCUAUGAAAAAUGUACCAGGGGCAUCUCAUGGGGCCACCUACUGACCCCGGGCCCUCGGGCAGUGCCCGAGUUUCCAAAUGGUCAGUCCGCCCUUGAGCACUUUGAUCACUUUGUAUAUGAACGCCCAUGUGUGCAAGCAGGCCCAAAAUAUAUUUUUUUUGUAAAUUAAGCCCUAUGUGUUUUAGGCUUCAAAACUACUGUAUUUUAAAGACGUACACUUUUGGCAUUCUCUAAAGAUUGAAUAAAGGUAUUUUUCUACAUGACGUUCUUGCAGAUCCAUACAUUUUUACUU